AUUUCUGACACAAAGUUACAUCGCACUGGUACUAUGGUGCCGUUGCAGAUACUUGGACGUUCGUUCAUAUUGAUUGUCGUUGCGAGCUGCAUAAUUCAAGGACAUGAAUAUUCAGAAGAUAUAGACGCACAAGGAGCAAAAGAGGAGGACAUAUUGAACAAUUCACCGGAUUCAGCGGUCGAUGAUUUCUACAAUGUGGAAAGAAGCAAAAGACAAUCAAAUUGUUUAAAAACUGUACCUGAUGAAGAUGAUAACACCGACGUAAACUGUGAACAAAUAAAUAUGAAGAGAGGAACUUGCAUCCUAUCGUGUAAGAAAAAUUCUACUUUCCCCGAUGACUCAACUACAAUUACGAUAGAGUGCAAUAAUGGGAACUGGAAAGUAACAAGCGGCACAUGGAAGGAAAUUUCGAAAUGCCAGGAACGCACUACCACUAGUACUACAGCUGGUACUACCGCUAGUACUACCCCUAGUGCUACCGCUAGUAGUACGACUGGUAUUACCGCUAGUACUAUCGCUAGUUCUACGGCUGGUACUACCGCUAGUACUACUCCUAGUGCUACCGCUAGUUCUACGGCUGGUACUACCGCUAGUAUUACCCCUAGUGUUACCGCUAGUUCUACAGCUGGUACUACCACUAGUACUACCCCUAGUGCUACCGCUAGUAUUACCCCUAGUGCUACUGCUAGUUCUACAACUGGUACUAUCGCUAGUACUACCCCUAGUGCUACCACUAGUUCUACCCCUAGUGCUACCGCUAGUUCUACAGCUGGUACUACCGCUAAUACUACCCCUAGUGCUACCGCUAGUUCUACCCCUAGUGCUACCGCUAGUUCUACGGCUGGUACUACCGCUAGUAUUAUCCCUAGUGCUACCGCUAGUUCUACUUUUAGUGCUACCGCUAGUACUACAAUUGGUACUACCGUUAGAACUACCCCUAGUACUACCGCUAGUACUGUAGCUGGUACUACUGCUAGUACUACUCCUAGUGUUACCGGUAGUUCCACAACUGGUACUACCGCUAGUACUACCCCUAGUGCUACCGCUAGUUCUACUCCUAGUGCUACUGCUAGUUCUACGUCUGGUACUACCGCUAGUAUUGCCCCUAGUGCUACCGCUAGUUCUACAGCUGGUACUACCGCUAAUUUUACCCCUAGUGCUACCGCUAGUACUACAAUUGGUACUACCGUUAGUACUACCCCUAGUACUACCGCUAGUACUGUAGCUGGUACUACUGCUAGUACUACUCCUAGUGUUACCGGUAGUUCUACAGCUGGUACUACCGCUAGUACUACCCCUAGUGCUACCGCUAGUUCUACUCCUAGUGCUACCGGUAGUACUACAAUUGGUACUACCGUUAGUACUACCCCUAGUGCUACCGCUGGUUCUACUCCUAGUGCUACUGCUAGUUCUACGUCUGGUACUACCGCUAGUAUUGCCCCUAGUGCUACCGCUAGUUCUACGGCUGGUACUACCGCUAGUUCUACCUCUAGUGCUACCGCUAGUUCUACAGCUGGUACUACCGCUAGUACUACCCCUAGUGCUACCGCUAGUUCUACGGCUGGUACUACCGCUAGUAUUACCCCUAGUGCUACCGCUAGUUCUACUUUUAGUGCUACCGCUAGUACUACAAUUGGUACUACCGUUAGAACUACCCCUAGUACUACCGCUAGUACUGUAGCUGGUACUACUGCUAGUACUACUCCUAGUGUUACCGGUAGUUCCACAGCUGGUACUACCGCUAGUACUACCCCUAGUGCUACCGCUAGUUCUACUCCUAGUGCUACUGCUAGUUCUACGUCUGGUACUACCGCUAGUAUUGCCCCUAGUGCUACCGCUAGUUCUACAGCUGGUACUACCGCUAGUUCUACCCCUAGUGCUACCCCUAGUACUACCCCUAGUGCUACCGCUAGUUCUACAGCUGGUACUAUCGCUAGUACUACCUCUAGUGCUACCGCUAGUUCUACUCCUAGUGCUACUGCUAGUUCUACGUCUGGUACUACCGCUAGUAUUGCCCCUAGCGCUACCGCUAGUUCUACAGCUGGUACUACCGCUAUUACUACCCCUAGUGCUACCGCUAGUACUACCCCUAGUGCUACUGCUAGUUCUACAGCUGGUACUACCGCUAGUAUUACCCCUAGUGCUACCGCUAGUACUACCCCUAGUGCUACCGCUAGUUCUACAGCUGGUACUACCGCUAGUUCUACCCCUAGUGCUACCGCUAGUUCUACAGCUGGUACUACCGCUAGUACUACCCCUAGUGCUACCGCUAGUUCUACCCCUAGUGCUACCGCUAGUUCUACAGCUGGUACUACCGCUAGUAUUACCCCUAGUGCUACCGCUAGUUCUACUUUUAGUGCUACCGCUAGUACUACAAUUGGUACUACCGUUAGAACUACCCCUAGUACUACCGCUAGUACUGUAGCUGGUACUACUGCUAGUACUACUCCUAGUGUUACCGGUAGUUCCACAGCUGGUACUACCGCUAGUACUACCCCUAGUGCUACCGCUAGUUCUACUCCUAGUGCUACUGCUAGUUCUACGUCUGGUACUACCGCUAGUAUUGCCCCUAGCGCUACCGCUAGUUCUACAGCUGGUACUACCGCUAUUACUACCCCUAGUGCUACCGCUAGUACUACCCCUAGUGCUACUGCUAGUUCUACAGCUGGUACUACCGCUAGUAUUACCCCUAGUGCUACCGCUAGUUCUACAGCUGGUACUACCGCUAGUUCUACUCCUAGUGCUACCGCUAGUACUACCCCUAGUGCUACCGCUAGUUCUACAGCUGGUAUUACCGCUAGUACUACUUCUAGUAAUACCGUUAGUUCUACAGCUGGUACUACCGCUAGUACUACCCCUAGUGCAACUGCUAGUUCUACAGCUGGUACUACCGCUAGUACUACCCCUAGUGCUACCGCUAGUUCUACAGCUGGUACUACCGCUAGUACUACCAUUAGUACUACCAUUAGUACUACCACUAGUACUACCACUAGUACUAUCAUUCCUCCUCCGGACAAAUGCGUAAAUGGUUGGAGCAAGUGGAUCAACGAGCAUAAACCCCAAGAAGGGACAACUAAAUACUUGGAAUGCGAGCGGUUGCCUGAUUGGAAAGAUCUCAUCAACACAGAGGGAUUCGGAAUUUGCAACAAGGAGCAUAUAGUUGAUAUAACAUGUAGACCUGUCGCACACAAGUCUUUAUGUGAACGCGGGUAUAAAAGGAAUGUGAAUCCGAUAGGGAAGUGUUCCUUGGAGUGUGGCUGGGAAUGCGAAUCGUACGAACCUUUUAUAUGCGUGGAUUACGAGAUUAGCGUGUUAUGUUGCUGCCCCGAUCAUCAAUCAAUUACGCACAGCAAAAACGGAACAAUAGAGAUCAGCAGAGAGGCUAGUGUGCCGCUAAAGGAUGUUUGUCUUUAUACAUAUAACGAAGACCAAGGCAAACCACGAGUGGCAGCGAAAAAAAUUGGUGAAAAAUGGAACGAUGGUAAAUGCAAAAUAUGCAUAUGCGAGAAUUCGAUUGAUGGUCCUAGGACAAAUUGUUCUUCUAUGGAAUGUUUAAGUAUAGAUGCACAUCCUGAUGUGAACAAUUAUGUACUGAAAAAAGUAGAAUUGAAUGAUAAAUGUUGUCCAAUCUAUGAACGUACUGCCUGUAAAUGGAAGGGCAAAAUAUACAAUGUUGGCGAAAAUUGGAAGCCCAAUGCUAAAAAUGCUUGUCUCACAAUGCACUGUAGCAAGGAUUCAGGUAGUAUUCAGUUAUUAAAUGAGGUCCAAGAUAUCGCAUGUGAUUAUCAACCUUUAAAUAUCAAUCAAGCUGAAGAAGCAUGCAAAACAGUUCUUAUGGAUGCAAACAGUACUAUAGGUAUGCUGGUUGUAAAUCAUCCAUUACAUGGGAAAUGUAAAAAUGUGAAUGCUAUUAAGGGUAUUAAACAAUGCAGUGGCUCAUGCCAAUCUUCAACAUUUUUAAACAGUGAAAACGAGAACCAAGUGAGUGAUCGUCAAUGCUGUCAAGUGAAGGAAUAUAUGAAUAUCAAGGUUAUUUUGAAAUGCGAAGACGGUGAAACAUUACGCAAAAAGCUGCCAAUACCACGUUCUUGUUCUUGUCAAAGUUGUGCUUAGACAUUAAAAAUGAAAAUAAAAAGGCAAAAAUCAAAAGUUAAUGAAGAAUCUGAGCUGACUUGAUUACAUUUACUCUUAUACUUAUGUAUUUUUGAUUCAAUUAUAUUUGUAUUUAAUAAAAGAUUCCUAACUGUAUCAAUAUAAUA